UUAUGUCUUUGUGGAGUGUCUGCGACUGAGUGGUGUAUUUGAUUGUUGUUGACAUCUCAAGCUAUAUUUAUGGUGAACAGACGCUCUGUUCUAGUGAGCAUUAGUUGGGCAUCCUCAGAGUAAUUGCUCAUCUUCAAGAACAAACAAUGCUGUCAGUAAGAAGCAGAAUAGGUCUUGUGACUCGUGCAUUCUCCAUGCGCAGUGCAGCGGCUUGCAAGUUCCGACUUCCUGAAGAAGCUAAGAAAGAAUUUAAUAAUCCAGCUGCAAAGUACACAACAGCUCAAGAUAUACCUGAGAAAGGGACAAUUUAUGAUAAGAAGCCUUUUAUGAUUGAAGUGAAGAAGGGGAAAACAUACAUGUGGUGUGCAUGUGGACGAAGCCGCAAACAGCCGCUGUGCGACGGCUCGCACCGCAACCCGUUCCUGCGCAUCAAGCAGCGGCCCGUGAAGUUCGUAGCCGAUGAGGACAAGGAGGUGUGGUUCUGUAUGUGCAAGCAGACGGACCACCGGCCAUUCUGCGACGGCUCGCACCAGCACCCGGACGUGCAGGCGGCCGUGCGUGGGCACUGACGCGGCGCGCGCCGGGACCGGUCGGCCACGCCGCCGGCCCGCAGA